AUGGAACCUCCAGCGCGACCUUCGAGUGCGCUUUUUGACGUUUUCCUGCGUCUACGACCGUCGCAUUCUGCAAAUGCGCGCUUCCUCACUGUCGAAGAGGGCGAAGGCCGACAUCCGACGCACAUCACAAUCAAGCCGCCAACAGAGGAUAAGCGCAAACGUGCAAUUGAAAGAUUUGCGUUUACCCGAGUUUUCCAGGAGAAUGCGCAACAGAAGGAAUUGUUUAAUAGCACCGGCAUUGUUCCCAUGAUUGAGGGAGUGCUGGGUGUACCAGGUCAUCAUGGAAGGGACGGGCUGUUGGCGACACUGGGUGUCACAGGCUCAGGAAAGGUACAAGAGGGCAUGAGAAGCCACACAAUCCUCGGUACCAAGUCCCAGCGCGGUCUUGUACAGAUGUCCCUCGAUGUCCUCUUCCAGAGCUGUGAAGAGCAGCUUGUCCAGUCUUUCUACGGUGCACCGGCAUUUUCGUCGCUUGCUGCAGCCGACGUCGCGGAUGCACACAUGUAUACAGCGACAGCCUUUCUAGACUCCAUGUAUGGAGAUAACCAGUCUGAGCGAUUCCCUUCACGGGCGCAGACUCCUAUGCCAGUAAGCCUACUGAUUCACUGUCCUGUAACCGGGACACUUAAGAGCAUAACUCGAUCCACAGGCAACAUAGGCUUACUUUCCAAAAAGGAUACUAGCAUGUUCUCCACCGGUGGCACACGAUCAAACAAAAUCCCCCGGCCGUCGACGCUGCCACAGACUCCUACAGUUGCCGAUAUUAUCAUACCUACCGAUAGGACUGCCGAAUACGCGAUUGUCAUAUCCAUGUACGAGGUCUACAACGAUCGCAUCUUCGACCUUUUGACUGGAAUGGCCAUGAAGAACAAGCACCCCAGCGUGAAGCGCCGGGCACUGCUGUUCAAGAGCACAGAACAGAGCCCGGAGCGGAAAGUUGUAGCUGGUCUCACUAAGAUCAUCUGUGGCAGUUUCGAAGAAGCCAUGAUGGUGUUGGAGACUGGUCUCAUGGAGCGUAAAGUUGCUGGUACGGGAAGCAACGCCGUCAGUUCGCGAAGCCACGGCUUCUUUUGUGUAGAGGUCAAGAAACGCGAUGCCGAGCGAAAGGGACCUUGGUCGAGCAGCACACUAACAAUUGUCGAUUUGGCUGGAUCUGAACGUGCUCGCAAUGCAAAGACGGCCGGCGCUACACUGGCAGAGGCUGGCAAGAUCAACGAGUCUUUGAUGUAUCUUGGCCAGUGCAUGCAGAUGCAGUCUGACAACCAAGACGGUUCCAAGAAGUCUAUCAUGAUUGUCACCGCCGAUCCUCAGAGUGACUUCAACGCUACCUCGCAAAUCCUCCGAUACUCGGCUCUCGCGCGCGAAGUGACGGUGCCCCGAAUCCCCUCGACAACAUCCACCAUCUUGUCCAACCUGCCUGCCAAACAUUAUGCCAACUCAUCAGGCCGCAGUACGCCCUCGUCCGCCGUGCUCGAAGAACUCGACGCCGCGAAUACGGAAAUCGCACGUCUGACGCAAGAAAUGGAGAUAUUCGCGAUACGCCUUACAGAAGAGACGCAACGCCGUAGAGCCGCUGAAGCGUCGUGGGCAGCUGCUGAAAACCACAUGGCGGACCUCGAACAAGAGAUCCGCGAUGAGUGCUUUCAGGAGCUCGAAGCUGCUGUUGACCAGGAGCGCCGGAGGUGGCAGGCUGUUCUUGACAAUGAGCAGGAUAAUCAACAGGCACAUCUUGACAGCAAGAUUGACAUUGUUAUCAAGGCGACCAAGGCGCAGAUGCGCGAUGAGGUCAAGGUGUAUGAGGACCCUGAUCCGGAAUUACGGGAUCGCGUGGAUGAGCUAGAGCGCGAGAAUGAGGUGCUGAAAGCAAAGUUGGAGGCUAUGGAGAGGGAGGCGCAUGGUAGGAGUGCGAGCCCAGUUAAGAAGAUGAGAGUGCUCAAGACAAAGAAGUGGGAAGACCCAGAGAAGACGUUGGGAUACGGGCUGGAUGACGAGUAA